AUGGUGGACACUGCCUCGAAGCAUCGAGCUGAGUUUGCCUUUGCUCAGCUCGAGAACGAGAGAUCUCUGACAUCUCUUCGUGACGAGCUAAGUGUAGCUCGUGGGAUUGCUGACCGGUCUCGGGAUGAGAUAGCUGCUCUUCAGACCCUUGUUGAUAUCCGCCAUUGGGAGCACAAGGCUCUAUGUGAGAUGCUUGAGCGCAAGGGCGUUCUUCAUCGGAAGAUACAGCGUACUGAUGGUACGGCUUAA